AUGCACCUCUGUUUGAUGUCGGCUCUCCAAGCAGCUACCCCAACACUUCGACGACCAUGCGACUGGUGCCGCCAGCGAAAGUCUCGCUGUGUUCGCGAACCCGGCCAGCAGAAAUGUGCCCGCUGCAUCCUGCACCGGCAUGAGUGCACCUAUGUGCAAGGCCCGGUUCCGCGUAGACGACUAGACCGGCAACAGUCGCCUACCAGGACGGAGGACUUUGGUCUGAAUGGCCUAUCUCCAAGCCCUCCAGGCCAGGCUGUCGACGCCGCCAGUCCCUCUCGACUGACCGGCACCCUAGGCCUAGAGCCGCAUCUGCACUCCACAUACAUUGGCCCUGCAAGCUAUCAUGAGCCCACGUUGCUUGACUUGAAAUCGGUAAGCACUUCUGUGAACCAGGACAUGGGCCACCCUCGACGCGUCAACCAGUCCUCGGCAUUCAUCACCUCCGCAGAUAGUACUUCGGCUUCCGAGUCGCAGCGCAUAUCGGACCUCGACCAGAUAGAGGCAAGCAUUCAGCCGUUUGGGCCAGCCUUGGUGAAGGUCUACUUCCAAAUUGUGCAUCCCCUCUUCCCAAUUUUGGACAAGGGUGUUUUCUUGGAAAAGUACGCCCGGUCGUAUCGCGAAUUCUCGCCUCCACUAUUGGCUGCAGUCUAUCUGGUCGCACUGGAUUGGAGGCUAUUUGACCGAGCGUUGACCAAAGCCACUCGCGUACCUGACACUGCUGUGCUCGAAGAUUUGGCUAUGCGAGCCAUGAGCGAUGAUAUGAAGAGGGCAAAACUCUCGACUUUGCAAGCCGGCUUGCUACUUUUGCAGAGAGUGCGAUCUACUUCCAGCACCCUUCCCGCGCAGCUCUUGGCCUUGGGUCAAUCAUUGGGCGUUCAUGUUGACUGCAGCGACUGGAGUGUGCCAGAUUGGGAGAAAAGCUUGCGGCGACGGUUGGCCUGGGCUCUUUACACGCACGACAAAUGGGGGGCUAUUGUACAUGGCCGUCCAUCGUUGAUUCCCACUCAGAUUGAUCACAGCGACGUUGGUGAUUGGGAUGUCGGCCCGUGCACCUUGGUGGACUUUCCUGAGGCCACCGACACCGGUGCCGAGGAAGUGGAAGGGAUCGUGGACGCUGGGCUGGGUCGGGCUGCGUUCAUACAAUUAAUAGAGCUGACCAAGAUCUUCAGCGAAAUAGUUGCAACCUUUUGCUCAGUGGGUGCUACGAAAAAGGGCGGACUGCUAUCCCGCAUUGGUACAACCGGUACAAUGAGUCUUGCAAAGCCACUGGUAAUGAAGCUGCGCGAAUGGCACAGCAGCCUUCCAGAUAAUUUACAGCUGGGAACCACAUACUCUCACAGACUCUCCACCAACGGCCCACUUCAUCUUUCGCACAUGGCUGCCGAAUUGACUAUUCAUCGCGCGUUAUUGCGCACUUUGUCAGCGGAUACACCACCUGCGCUCCGCUCGACUAUCCGCACAGCAGCCCGUGCUCGUCUCGCAUCAGCAAUGAAGUUGAUCGAAUCUCUUCAGCCUGAACAUACACAAUCUUUCUGGGGCUUUGCUGCUGCGUCUCAGGUGGCUAUGAUAGGGUCUUUCGCUGGCCUGUUAUGGGCCACCAGUGCUGAAGCUGAAGAAGCAGUUGAAUUCGUCAAUCAACUUGAACGUCUUCGUUGGGCUUUGCAAAUGCGGGCAUCUGCCGCGCCGUUUAUUCACGAAGCUUUGCGUAUGCUUGAUGACGAGGUUGGGGAUUUGGGGGCUCUCAGGACGGCCACCUCUGUGGACUACAUGUCCUGGGACUGA